AUGUGGAAAAAUCUUAUGACAAAAUUUGUAGCUCCAAAUAAGGCUAUUACUUCGAUUAUUUUGCCUCGUCGCAUAAUCUCAAAUACCGAAUUGCCACCAAGAAAUAAUGAAACUACAACGUUCGAAGCUAAUAUUUUGGAGGAAGAGUGUGAACCAACUAUAGAUAAGGGUAGGGAAAUUUUAGAGGAAGAAUAUGAACCAACUAUAUAUGGAGGUAGGGAAAUUUUAGAGGAAGAAUAUGUGCAAACUAUAUACGGGGUUGGGGAAAUUUUAGAGAAAGAAUAUGUACCAACUAUAUAUGGGGGUAGGGAAAUUUUAGAGGAAGAAUAUGAACCAACUAUAUAUGGGGGUAAGAAUGAGUUUUUUGAUGAUCGACAGGCGAUUGACCAAUCAAUUUAUGAAGCUUUAACGAAAAAAAACAAGAGAAAAAAAUGCAAGAACUACAAAAAACAAUUUAAAUUUUAA